AAGCUGCUCUCCGCCACAUUAACUAGGGGCAGCCGGCUAGCAGGGCGAGAGGCCAGCUGCUGUUGAUUCAACUUUCAAGGAUGUUAAGGGCCCCUCAGGUCCUGAUUUGGUCUUGUCCCUUAAGGCCAUUGCUGCUAUUGAGAGAAUCCCACCUCUCUGCCUCCUCUAAACACACUGCUGCUGGAUGGCAAGGUGCAGGAGAUGGGAAGGAAAGAAGAGGAUCAACAUUGUCCAUAGAGACUGCAUCUUGUUCAACAGAGCUGUCUUCUUUUCAAUCUGAUGACAAUAAUGAGAAGCUGAGAGAUGCUUCAUUUCAAAACCUCCCAUCCCGAGCUAUUUUAUGCAACCAUCAUCACCCGCCUCAGGUUUCUGCCUCUGCAAAAGCCAAACCAGAUUCUGACUUUUGGAAAUGCACUGUAGUAGAAGAUUUAGGUCAAUGCCUCAAAGCUGUGAGUACUUACCAGGACUGUUUAUUCAACAAAACUUGCCUUCAACCCUGGAGAAGGCCUUGGGACAUUUGCCAACCUUCACUCAGUUUCACCAAUAAGACUCUACAAAGCCACUUAUAUUACAGACAGCACUUUGUUAGACCUUUCAGCUCAUUGAGAUAUAUGUCAUGGAUUUUGAACCACUUUCACAGUAAACAACAACCCUCCAGCCUCCCUUAUUACAAAACUAGAGCAGUUCAUCAGGCUGCCCCCCAUGUGGCAGAUGCCUGGAGAGACUGUCUGUCCCUGGAGAAUGAAAUACGAUGUCGACAGAGCCUGGGGCCAAACUUAAAGCUGUACGAGUUUGAUAAAGAGAAAAAGGGGUCAAGUCAGAGCCAGGGAAAGAACCAGGGCAGGUGGGCAUCAGUCCUGGUCUCACUGUGCUCUGUUGAGGGGGAGCCGGCGUUCCUCUUCACUCUGCGCUCCAGCACACUGAAGGGCACUCACAAGGGAGAUGUCAGCUUUGCAGGAGGGAAGAGUGAUCCAUCAGAUCGAGAUGAUGUGGUGGCCACAGCGUUGAGAGAAGCCAGGGAGGAGCUGGGUGUUUCUGUGGCAGCAGAGAAGGUCUGGGGCAUCUUGAAGCCUCUCAGGGACAGGUCGGGGAUGAUGGUAGCUCCUGUGCUGGCUAACCUCGGCCCCCUGGAGGAGUUGUCCUUCAAACCAAACCCUGGAGAGGUUGAGGAGAUUUUCACCCUGUCUUUGUCCCACCUGUGCAACCCUCAGAACCGCGGCUACACACACUUCCGCAUUGGCGACAAGUACGGAUACACCCUCCCAGUGUUUCGUAACGGGAAGCAUCGAGUGUGGGGCCUGACAGCCGUCGCCCUAGAUCAUACCCUGAAACUCAUUGUCCCCUCUUAGCAUCUCAGUCACAGUUUUCUUUACAGUUCACCUGCAGGACUGCAGCCCAGCUGUCAUGUGACAAGCGUGUGAAACAAGCUUUGUGUAGCAAAAUCUUGUCAGGACAAAAUAAUUUCAUUUACCCACUCUUCAUUUUUGAAGACAAAAUUCUCCUGCGGUCAGGGGAGGGAUUUCUCCAUGUGCACUGUCUGAGCCUCGGGUUUAUAAGAAUCUCUGCUGAAUGGAUCGUGUGUAUAAAGAUGGUGGCCAGCUGUGAAGAUGCCUCUGAGAAAGAGCAUGUGGCGGCAGUCUUUGCCGGUAAUGCGUAAAACAGCUAUGAAUUAAAGACAUCAAAAGCAGCGCCAAAACACUUUAUAUCCCUGAUUGAUUCUUACCUGAACACUAUCAGUAUAUAAUUUAUAAAUACAUAUUAUGAUGUGCUUUAAUUUUUUUCAGAUGCUUAAAAAACAACUUUUUUAAAUUCAACUUGAAAUCU